GGUGAAAACAGCGCACAAUCACAUGUUGUUGCUCUUGAGUAUGUCCUGACCGCUAGCUGAUGGACUAUGAAGUAAAAAAAAGGCGUUGUUUUAGUACGAUCCAUAUGGUCAGGUCAAAUCUAAUCGAAGCUACUAAACUGAACACGAACUUGAAAUGUCUACAUGCAGAUAGCCAGCGGUCAUCGCUUUUAUACUGAGUGUCCUAAGUUUCUGUGGAACACGGCUGCCAGUCAGGCAAGAUGGACACCGCAGAGGAAGCAGACAUCUGUCGGGUAUGUCGUUCGGAGGGGACCCAGGAUAAGCCGCUCUACCACCCCUGUGUCUGCACGGGCAGCAUCAAGUUUAUUCAUCAGGAAUGCUUACUACAGUGGUUGAAACACAGCAGAAAAGAAUACUGCGAAUUAUGCAAACACAGGUUUGCAUUUACACCAAUCUACUCUCCAGACAUGCCAUCUCGCUUGCCUGUCCAAGACAUCUUUGCAGGGCUGGUCACCAGUAUUGGAACAGCCAUCAGAUACUGGUUCCACUAUACACUAGUGGCCUUUGCCUGGCUAGGCGUGGUGCCUCUCACAGCAUGUCGUAUCUACAAGUGUUUAUUUACCGGCUCUGUGAGCUCUCUCCUUACCCUGCCAUUAGAUAUGCUUUCAACACAAAACCUGCUUGCAGACUGCCUCCAGGGCUGUUUUGUUGUCACUUGCACACUGUGUGCAUUCAUCAGCCUGGUGUGGCUUAGAGAGCAGAUUGUCCAUGGUGGUGCCCCUCAGUGGUUAGAGCAGAAUCAACCCCCUCUGGUUCCUCACCAGCCCAACGGCCCUGCACCAGCCAAUGAGGUUCCAGGCGGUAACAUUGGAGUCAACGCCCAGGCUGCUGCUGACGGCCCAGCAGCCCAGCAGCCUGCGGACGCUGCUCCAGACGGGUUGGCACCUGUCAACCCACACGAGGCUGGCAACCAAGGAGAUGAGGCUGAACUUGAUGACGAGGAAGGAGAUGAUGAGGAGGAGGAGGAAGAUGAAGAGGACGACGACGACGAAGAAGAAGGCAGGGAAGAGGAUGCUGCUGAUGGCAAUAAUGGGGGACAAGAAGAUUUGAACUGGAACGCCCUGGAGUGGGACCGUGCAGCAGAGGAGCUGACCUGGGAAAGGAUGCUGGGGCUGGACGGCUCCUUAGUUUUCUUGGAGCAUGUGUUCUGGGUGGUGUCUCUCAACACACUCUUUAUUCUUGUCUUUGCUUUUUGCCCAUAUCAUAUUGGCCAUUUUUCAGUGGUUGGACUGGGCUUUGAAGAUUAUGUCAAAGCUUCACACUUUGACGGCCUCGUCACCUCCAUACUGGGCUACAUCCUCCUGGCUGGAGCUCUCAUAGUCUGCCAUGCAUUGGCUUCAUUAGUGAAGUUCCAGCGGUCCAGACGCCUCCUGGGCGUCUGCUACAUUGUUGUCAAGGUGUCCCUGCUGGUUGUCAUGGAGAUAGGCUUGUUCCCGCUGAUUUGUGGUUGGUGGCUCGACAUUUGCUCACUGGAGAUGUUUGAUGCAACUCUUAAAGACAGGGAGCAGAGUUUUGACUCAGCCCCUGGUACCACCAUGUUCCUCCACUGGUUGGUCGGCAUGGUCUACGUCUUCUACUUUGCCUCCUUCAUCCUUCUGCUCAGAGAGGUGCUCCGGCCUGGUGUGCUGUGGUUCCUGAGGAAUCUGAACGAUCCAGACUUCAACCCAGUCCAAGAGAUGAUCCACCUGCCCAUCUACAGACACCUGCGGAGGUUUAUACUCUCUGUGGUGGUGUUUGGCUCCAUAGUUCUGCUGAUGCUUUGGCUUCCUGUCAGAAUCAUUAAAUUGCUCUUCCCAACCUUCCUUCCCUACAACGUCAUGUUGUACAGCGAUGCCCCGGUCAGUGAGCUGUCAUUGGAGCUGCUGUUGCUUCAGGUUGUUCUGCCCGCGUUGUUGGAGCAGGGUCACACUCGCCAGUGGCUCAAACGGCUUGUCCACGCCUGGACCUUCACAGCUGGAUACAUGCUGGACCUUCACUCCUACCUACUUGGGGACCAUGACGACGAUGACAACCAGCCAAACAACAACCCUCCCGGUCGCCACAACAACAACCGGAUCCCUGGCCUGGGUGAAGGGCUUCACGCUGCUCAUCAGGCCAUCCUACAACAGGGCGGUCCUGUGGGCUUCCAGACAUACCACCGGCCCAUCAACUUCCCGCUCAAGAUCAUUCUACUGGUUGCCUUUAUGUGUGUGACGCUGUUACUGGCUAGUCUGAUCUGCCUUACACUGCCGGUGUGUGCGGGUCGCUGGCUGAUGUCUUUCUGGAUGGGCAACGCCGUGGUUCAUGAGCUGUACACAGCGGCCAGUGGUCUGUACAUCUGUUGGCUGUCCAUUCGGGCUGCCACUGUGAUGCUGUCCUGGAUGCCGCAGGGACGGUCCGUCAUCAUGCUCAAAGUCCAAGAGUGGACAUUCAUGAUCCUGAAGACCAUUCUGGUGGCGGUGAUGUUAGCUGGGGUGAUUCCUCUGCUGUUGGGUCUGCUGUUUGAGCUGGUCAUCGUAGCUCCUCUCAGAGUUCCACUGGACCAGACGCCUCUCUUCUACCCUUGGCAGGACUGGGCUUUGGGCGUGCUCCAUGCUAAAAUCAUUGCUGCCAUCACACUGAUGGGCCCUCAGUGGUGGCUCAAAACUGUUAUCGAGCAGGUGUAUGCUAACGGUAUCAGAAACAUUGACCUCCAUUUCAUUGUGCGAGGGCUGGCUGCCCCUGUGAUCUGCGCCCUGCUGCUGUCUCUCUGCGUGCCCUACACCAUCUCUAAAGGCAUUACACCACUUCUGGGUGUGCAGCCAGAGAUGCAGAUGCUGGUGGAGAGGAGGAUCUAUCCCUUCUUGCUGAUGAUGGUCACACUGUUGGCCAUCCUGUCCUUCCAGAUUCGACAGUUUAAGCGCCUCUAUGAACACAUCAAGAACGACAAAUACCUGGUUGGACAGCGACUGGUAAACUAUGAGCGUAAGACAGGCAGGAGCACGUCCAGCUCCUCAUACAGCACCUCCUCAUAGACCUGACGCUGCUGCUGUGGGAUCAGUGGAGCUGACUCACUCUGCUCAGCACUGAGAGCUUUCAUCAGCUCCUGUGGUGAAACCUUAAUAUUUUUUCUGUGCUUGGCUGUCAAAUGUCAACUUCAAACACAGCCUGUAAACUUUUGACUGCAGUCCAGUCCUCUUAUUCACCAACACCUACUGCUGUCUGAGGUUGAGAGGCAAAGACGUUGAAGAGCGAAGACAAAAUAGUCUUAAAACUCUUCACGGAAAAUUUUAAUUUCUGAACGAGGUUGUUAAUCAACCUGCUAAAACAGUCAGAAUGAGUUACAGUCUGUCCAUCCUGUUUAAUGUGUCUGUUUCUGUCUUCAACACAGCUGACAUUUUCAGUUGUCGUUACAUAAUUUUUAAAAAGGUUUAAGUUGAAAUCAGGUCAGUUGAGCUUUUACCUCAGAUUGUACUUCCCUUUAUAUCUUUGUAAAAUCAUGUCUAGUUCACACUGAGUGUCUCUUAAUGUGACGUUUUCACAUUUCAGAGCUACGGAGGAGAUAUUUGGACUAUAACAGGAAUAACAGCCUCUAUGGUCCUGUUCCAAUUGUUGGUUCAUCUCAAAUGACACCUUCAUCACAUUGAGGUUGUCAGUGAUGAGGAGGGGAAUACGUGAUGUAGCAAUGUGAUUUUUUUUGUUGUUUUUUUUUUAAUUUUACUUUUAUUUUUUUAGAUGUUUUUGUUAGACGGGUUUUCAUUGAUUUGUUUUUAGUUAAUUUCUGGAGUGAGUUGUUAGAACCUCCGAGGAUUAUUCUGAAGUAAAGCUGUAGAAAAAGAAAGAAAAGAGAAGAAAAUGACAUUUUACACAAUCUGGACACAGCCCAGGAUUUUUUAAAUGUUCCCUCAUGAAUGUCUUUGGUUUGUAGUAUCUUCUUGAGCAAAUCCACCUUAAGCAGAAGAGAGGUCAUUAACAUGAAGGAAUAAAAAGUCAUACAAAAAGAGAGGUUUGAACUAAGCAUGUUUAAACUGGAAAAACAGCCUCAGAACAUUUCAGAAUGUGCCUGUGUUACACCUUUUGGACCGACACUAAUUUUAUUGAAAUAUGUAUUCUUACAGAAUAAAAAAUAAUAAUUUAAGCUAGCUGGCCCUUAGUGGCUUAUAGUGGUGCUAAUCAGCUGUUCAGACUCCAGUCUGCAUUCUGUUAAUGGUUUGGAGACACUAAACAACUGUAUAAACAACAAAUAAAUGGAAUCUUGUUGAGUUAACUCAUCUCAGUUAGGCCACAGUAGCACUAGUACAGUAAUGGAGUACAAACUACUAAUGCAUGAAGUUGGUUGUUGGCAACAGGCUGCCACAUUUGUCUCUUACGUUUUUUAACUUACAAAAACUAAAAAAGGUUUUCCUUUUUCUGUACUGACAUCAAUUGACAUCUCAUCUUGUAAUCAAUUUAAGUCAGCAUAACCAGAUGUUUCUCAAACCCAUAUUUGUCCACUGGUGCAGAUAUGAAACAUACAUACAUUUACAAAAGAUGGGCAGUUUAAUAUAUGUGCUACAUAUAUGCUACAGGGUCUUUCUGUUUACACAGUUCAUUGCUUCUGAUUGGAUGAAGAUAUAUUUUCUUUCUAGCAAUCAGUUUUCACAUUACUUAAUAAGUCUUUACUAGCUAAAACAUUCCUUAAGUUUUAAUGGUGCAGUCUAAUUUUUGGAAAUUGUCUGAAACUAGCUAAUUUUUACAAAACACUUAUGAUGACUUUACACACAAACUUUUUUCCACAUGCUACACCACUCGGAUAUUUACCAGCCUGAAGGAAAUCGAUGGAAAAACAACUGAUAAACUGGCAGACCCUUAGCAGCUUACGUGAUUCUGAAAGCUAAUGUCAAACUAAAGAACGACGACGGGAGGCCAUAAAAACCUGCAAACAAAAUGCAUAGGAACGAGUAAAUAAAUAAUUCAAACUUUUUUAAAAUCACUUUGUUUUAAACAAGCUACUGUCAGAUACUAAAUGGAUUUUUAUUAAUUUUGGGCUGUAUUGUGCUGAAGAUUUAAAAAAGGAAAAGUCAAAACAGCAGGGGCUGAGAUAAUUUUGACUAUUCUGACAAAGGUCCCGAAAUACUGGUUCCUACAUUUACCUUAAUAGAACUGGAUAGCGUCACAUCAUAAGACCCUGGUAAAUAUUCCUGUCUUUCAAAUUUAACAAAACAUCCACACCUCCAGUUUGUAAUGCGGACUGAUAACCCCGAUGACAUCACUCUGACAUCGACUGGGGUUAACCUCAGAUUCGACAAAGCUGCACCAGAGCCACAGAAAACAUUCAACAAGUGUGAGCUUUAUUUGUAAAAUGAAAAAAACACAAAAUGGAGAGAAUGAAAGAGGAAAAAAUAGAUUUUCUUAAAAACCAAAAUGACAUUGCAUUACAUGUAUGCUGAGUUGACGUAAAUGGAAAAAUAAUAUGUACUCAGACUGUUUGACACCUUUCCCACAUGGGUCACAUCAGUGUCGUUUCUCUCCUGUGUGGAUCCAGAACACACUUAAGACUCCUGUGUCAGUUCAUAUGUUUUCAGGUUAACUAACCAGCAGAAACAUUUCCGCGAUCAGAUCUGUUUGUGUUUGUGUCUGUGAGGACAGAAGCAGGAGCUGAUGGCUGCUGUCUGUGUUUGUCUUCUUGUCCAACCAGAUGCUCCCUCUGUGUGUCAACUCGUUGGUGUGAUUACAUUAUAAAAUUCCCCCUCUGAUGCGCUGUGUGUUGUUCAGAGGAAACAAAGUCUUUUUACCUUUCAUUACUACAACACCUCUGGGAUAUAUUUACAGCAGUUUAACAGUCAAAAGAUCAUAGGUCAUCAGUUAUCCAGGCUUUCAGAUGUAGAGGGUUUGAUUGUCAGCAUUACUGUGUAGGGCAUGAAAGCAAUUGCACCAGUGUUCACCUGAACUGUUGUUGUGGUUUAGUCGGAGGACAGUCAGUUGAAGAGAGACAGGGUCUUCUGAAGGUGAAAGGGUCUUGUUGUGUUGAGGUGGUACUGACGAAGCUGCUCUGAAAAGCUGAUAGCUUGACAGUGGUUUGUUUUAUCUUCUCUCAUCUCUCUCUUAACGGCUCAGACCAGUUUCCACUCAGUUAUUUUAACGUGAGACUACGUGACUCUUGAAAGAACUAACUAACACUAACAAUCUUCUCCUUAGAAAAGAAAAGUUGAAUUCAAAAGCAGUUAAACAAACUGUAGCCUAAUAAAAUUUCAGCAUGUAGUUUAGCAGCAACAGCCUUACGUGGCCUAGAGUGAUCUGUUUUUAAUGUAAUAAUAAAAUUGUAAAAAAUAACCAUUUCAUUGCUUUACAAUGGGUUACAUACUACUGUUUCAUUUUCUUGAGUCUAUCACUUUUGUUUUAAGGUCCACUCACACUCUUUGCAUGGGGAUGUGAAGUCAGUGUCUAGAUGUUGUACUCCCAGUGUUUACUUGUGUGACCACGUUGGUCUCCUCUCCUGCACCACCCUUGAGAAAAAUGCAAUGAAAUUUACUUCCUUCAUGUUUAAAAGCAAGUUUCCCAGACCCACUACAGAACAAACACCAAUUACAAUUACAUACAAUGACUUCUGUCAGUCCCAACCAUUCUUUAAAAACUGUUCCUCAUUGCCAAUGAAAACUGAAUCCAAUUCUCUGAUAUGUUCCUGAGAUAUUCGAGUUUUUAAGAUCAUGUUCUUUUUGUUUUGGGGACUAUAAUGGUGGAGAAUUUUCGUUUGUUUGUUUUAAUGUUGCACUUUAUACCACAGUUUGCAAUCAUUUCAGAAUCCAUUUUAACAUAACAGGGUUUGUAUGUUCUUAUUUCCCUCCCACUGAGACUGAAAUAUGUCAGUAUUUCACUGUGGCGACUGCACAGUGGGUUUUACUUUAAAAAAGAAGUAAGAUUUAAGUUGUGUGUAUGAUUUUGACACUGCAUUUGUGUGAGAAAUGUUUCAUUAGUAGUUUGGUAAACUGGUUUUCUAUUGAUAUGGAUUGUGAAUAACAUUAAGUGACAGUUGUAGUGCUGCUGUGUGGAAAGCUUUCAAUAUACAUAUGAAACUGUAAAGUGACCUUUUAGUGUCUUUUUGAACUGAGCUGGACACUUAAAAUUUUGGUCUUGAAUUUCAAUUUCUAGAAGCAAAUCAUUUCUAUUUUUAUAUGUGCAAAGAAGACAGUGGCAUGUACUGUAACAAACGUAUAAACUUUAAGGUCUAUUCAUUUUUGGUUCAGUAAUAUGAAACAAUAAUAAAUAGUUGUGAUUUCUCA